AUGAGUUUGUUUUCAAGGUCAUUCCUUUUCUUAGCUCAAUCCAUGUUUUCUACCCUCUCUACCAUUGGACACUUUCUAAAUAUCCAAAUAUUAUUAUUCAAGUCUAAUAAUAUUUUCUCACUUUUACUAUGGUGUUCCUUAAUAGCAUUUAUAGCAACAUUUUACCAAAAGAAAUGCUCAAAAAAUGUAUAUCUAGUGGAUUUUGCAUGUUAUAAUCCAUUUCCUAGAGGCAUUUGUAGUAAGGAAAUGUUUAUAGAACAAUCCAAACGUGUAGGACAUUUAAAAGAGAGCAUAGAUUUCCAAAAGAAAAUUCUGGAUAGGUCUGGAUUUGGAAAUAAGACUUAUGUGCCAGAGUCCUUAUUAGAAAACCCACCUAACAUUUGCACUAAUGCAGCAAGGAAAGAAACAGAAUCGGUUAUUUUUGGUGCUAUUGAUGAGCUUUUGUUGAAGACAAAAAUGAAGGUUGAGGAUAUAGAUAUUCUAAUAACAAAUUGUAGCAUAUUCAAUCCUUCACCUUCUCUUAGUGCUAUGGUUGUUAACCAUUACAAGCUUAAGCAUCAAAUUUUGUGCUAUAAUUUAAGUGGUAUGGGUUGUAGUGCUGGACUCAUAGCCAUCGACCUUGCCAAACAACUCCUAGAGGUACAUCCGAACUCAUAUGCCUUAGUAGUGAGCACAGAAAACAUCAACAGUGGAUAUUACUUAGGAAACAACAGAUCAAUGCUUGUCUCAAAUUGUCUCUUUCGUGUAGGUGGUGCAGCAAUCUUACUCUCAAAUAUUUCUUCAGAUUCCCACCAUUCAAAAUACCAUCUUAAACACACUAUUCGUACACACAAAGGUUCACGAGAUAAUUGUUACAAUUCUGUAUUUCAAAAAGAAGAUGAAACAAAUAAAAUUACAGGAGUAUCACUUUCAAAAGACUUAAUGAGUACAGCUGGUUUUGCACUUAAAGAAAACAUCACAACACUUGGAAAAUUUGUUUUACCUUUACUAGAAAAAUUCAAAUUUGUUUCAACUUUUGUUGUCAAAAAGUACUUUAACAAAAAAAUGAAGGUUUAUACACCUGAUUUUAAGUUAUGUUUUGAGCACUUUUGUAUUCAUACUGGUGGAAAAGCUGUUUUAGUUGAUAUACAAAAAGUGCUUGGAUUAAGUGAUUUUCAAUUAGAGCCAUCAAGGAUGACACUUUAUAGAUAUGGUAACACUUCAAGUAGUUCUAUUUGGUAUGUGUUGGCAUAUUGUGAAGCUAAAGGGAGAAUAAGAAAAGGUGAUAAGAUUUGGCAAAUUGCAUUUGGAUCUGGAUUUAAGUGUAAUACUGCUGUUUGGUGUGCUUUAAGGGAUGUUGAUCCAAUUAAGGAGAUUAAUCCUUGGAUGGAUGAGAUAAGUCAGUUUCCUGUUGAUGUAUCAAUUUGAAGUGGAGAUUUUGCAUAAUGAAAGUAGUUGUUGUGUGUGCUACACCAUGUAUCUUCAUUUUUAUUUUCAAUAUCACUAUAUGGUUCAUUUCACAGCCUAAUCUGGUUCGAAGGUCAAUUAUGCGCCAUCAAGUGAUUCCAACCCCCUUUCGAUCGCAAUUACAGGGAAUCGAACCGUGGUCAUCACUAUCAAAUCCAAUAUCAAUCCUCGCUAGACCAACUUGAUAGUGAAUCUUCAUCUUAAAAAAAACUAUUAGUAUUAAAUGAGAGGUAUUAAUGAAUGAUGUGUUGUAGUGUGUGUAUGCAUGUGUGUUUGUGUGAAAUUGCA